AUGCAGCUUCUCGUGCUCGCCGCCCUGGUGGCCGUCGCCACCGCCGGAGCGCCCCUCGCCCACGGCAAAGUCGGCAUCGUCGCGCAGGACUACUACGACCCCCAGGAGACGUACACCAACCUACUGCACCUGGAGCGAGUGCUGCGCUGUCAGCAGGAGUCUGCCCCGGCUCCGGAGGACGGGUCGGCUCCCGAGCAGCGCUGGCGUCGCCGCCGACGCUCCUUUCAGCUGGCCGCCGCCGGCGACGGUCUGAGCGAGCGGAGCGGCCCUCCACCCCCGGCAAACGGCGGUCCGACGGCCGUCGACGACACGUCCCCUCAGGAUCGGCUGGAGCGUCGAGUCACGGAGCUGGAGGCGGAUGUGCGGAGGAUUGACCAGGAGAAGGAGGAGAUCCGUGUCAAAUACACGACCGUUCUCAAACGGUUGCGGAGACUACAGGUGUCCAGCUCGGAAAACUGGGAUGUCAAGUCACCGCCAAGCACGGUCGGGGACGGCAGUAGUCCGGCGGUUCCCCCAUGGUCGCCCGCCGACCGGCCCCAAUGGGUCGGUAACGGGGCGAUCUCUCGGACCAGUACAGUCAGCGCCGGCAGCUCUGGAGGUGAUGGGUCUCUCCAGCUGGCCAACGGGCCGUGGCGAGGCAGUGGUGAGAUGUCCCCGCCGCGACCGGGAGCUACCCAGCAGCUGUGUCCAUCAGAGGGCGAAGGAAGACUGGGAGUGACUGCUGGGACUGUGGAGCGGACGGAGGGUGUGAGGAGAAGUGACGACAGACCCCGCAGUCCUAAACAGACGGACGGUGCGCCGCCGAGCGGUCGACUGCGGUCGGACGGGGACCCUCUCUCCGGGAGCACCUCCCGCAGUGGAGGAGGGUCACCCGUACCCCGCUCUACCGGCCUCACCUCCGAUGGUGGCGCCGCGCCUGCCGACUCGGUGUUUGACGGGUCGCACGCCGCUCACGAGACCGCGGACUCAAACCUACCCUCGGAGUCGCACUCGGACUUUGCCGGCGGGGAGAGCUCGUGUGGUGAUCCUGGUGACUGUUCGGCUACCGUGUCCUCUACCCACCCUGGUAGAGACUCGCCUCCACAUUGUGGCGUUGGUUCUACCAACUCUGGUAUUGGCUCCGACCGGCCCGGAUCCACCGGACACGUUGUUGCUGAAUACAAUUCCGAGCGGCCCGGCUCUGGGAAAACCGUGCAUAGUUCUACCGGGAACAGUCCUACUGGACGCAGGUCUACCGAACACAGCUCCGCCGCACAAAGCCGUGCCGCACGAAGCUCUGCCGCACAAAGCCCUGCCGCACAAAGCCCUGCCGCACAAAGCCCUGCCGCACACAGAUCCGCCGCACACAGCCCUACCGCACACAGUCCUGCCGGAGACAGCCUUUCCGGCCAUAGUUUUGGGAUAAUCGAACGUAGCCCCACCGGACACAACUCUGCCAGGCGCCGGUCGUCUCGGCCCGGCUCAAGUCACUCCACACCAGUCACAGUCGGCCGGUCCGGCUCGUCUGGGGCGGUCGAAGGGUCGGCCACCAGCCCCGCGGCCGUCUUGGGUCGGUCGUCUUCCCACCCAGUCGCUACGACGCAUAACAGUGAGAGAUUGCAGAACCCAGCUGUAGAUGUGUCGUCGGGCUUCUCGCAGUGGUUCGCCGGGGAGGAAGUAGUAACGACUGAGGGCGGAAGUCGUGAGGCUGUGGAAGACCAGAUAAGAAGGCUCUCUGAGGCUGGACUCUCGCCUUCUCGAAGGCCAUUGCUACACUCGGGUGGAGAAGCCAAUGUCUCCACAGAAAACUCUCACGGUUCUCCAGUGCUAUCUGAGACCAGUGAUACUGCUCAGGAGUCCAUCUCUGAGGAGAUUCCUGUCCCUGGCUCCCCGCCAAUGCACCAGCCGCCGCCCCGCCCGGCCUCGCCGAAAGAAGACGCCGUACCACACGAUGGUGGCGACACCUAUACUGGUGGUGGUGGCGACAUCUGUGGCAGUUUCCGAGGCUGGCCGACAGGCAGCGGCUCGCCCCCGCUUCUGUCGCCUCUGGUGGUGUUCGCUCGACCUCCCGACCAGACAGACGGCGUGAAGUCGCUCUGUGAGGUGACUGAUUCCGCCACACAGACGGAGACGGAGCACCGGAGUGACGCUGAGACGAUCGCUGCACUGGAGGCGACCCUCCGACGCAAGGACUCAGUGAUCGCCACGAUGCAGUCGAACCUGGCCAAGGUGGAGAGGCAGCUGGUGGGCACGCGUCAGCAGCUGCAGACCAUCGAGGCGGACGUACUGCGCCGACUGGAGGAGGCCGAGCAGAGCUGGCAGCGAAAACGCAGGCAGCUGCAGGUGGACCUGGCCGAUGAGCGGGCCGUCAGUCAGACUCUGCACGCCGUGGAGGCGGACCUUACCGAGCAGCUGCGCCGCUGUCGCCGCCGCUGCGCCGAGCUAGAGGCCGGCCUCCCAGACCGCUCCGAGCGGGGCGCGGCGGCUGAGAGGGGAACGGAGACGCGCUGUCGGCGGAGCCGCAGCCGCCGGCUGGCCGUCCUCUGCCACCAGCUGACUGAGCACGUCGGCAGGCUGAUGGCAGCACAGACGCGUCUGACGGGCGAGCUACUCAGUACGCUGCAGCAGCUGUUCAGCCUGUUCACUGUACACAAUCCAGCGGUAGCCGCGCCCUGCCAGGAGGCCACCCUCGCCACCCUGCCGCUCUGGCUGCCCUGGCUGGCCGCAGAGGCCCGGCUGGCCUGCCGCGACCGACAGCAGCGCCACCUGGACCCGGUGUCGCCGCCAGAGGCGCUGCCGUCGCCGCCGGUAGGUGGCGCGCCGCCGCACCUCUCAGCGCUGGUGAGGCAGGUGUGGGACGACAUUGAGCGGCUGCGGAGACUCGAUUUGGAGGAGCCGGCGAGUCUAGGAGAGGUAGAGGACAGACCUCCGCCGAUUGAGGAGAGUAUGGAGUGACUGGAAUCUUCACGUGUUUAGCACUCGGCAGCACACCCUGAACUGAACUAUCGUGGUUCGUAAUGAAACAAAGAGAUCCAGUAUGGGUCUGCUGCUCCCACUGAUAACCGUAUGUACAGCAGCAUCCGUCCAUCGUGUCUGCACUCGCCCUUCCAUCCUUGUGUAUCCCUGCGGCCGUCAGGGAUAGCCGUAGCAACUGUAGGUAUGCAAGGAGUAUCGGAGACGUAUUCGUCCCCUUCUGAGUCUACCGUCCAGAGCAAUCUCCGAUUAUAUCCCGUGAUUUGAGUGUCAGAUGUGGUAACGAGCGUACAAUAUUUGACUGUCGAUCCGUCCAUUGAAGUGCAAUCACUGUGCAGCCGGCCGGUCGUGUAGGCACAGCCGGAAGUCAUGCAUUCUAGCCAGGAAGCUGCCCUUUCGU